CAGACCUUGGGAGAGCCGAUGCUCUCAAUCUAGGUGAGACUAGGGAUGACCAAUUCUGUGUGUGAGACGAAGGCGACCUGCCUCAUGUAAUAAGCUCGUAGCUCGGUGUAAGACCCGGGGGCACGACGGAUACUUACAUGUGGAUAUCGGGAGGAGGUUAGAAGUGGGAAACCCUAGUAGUGGUAUAAGUAGGUGAUCAAAGAAGACCUUCUGGUUGGAAUUUGGCAACCCAGACUCUACUCUCUUGUAUCAAUGGUGCCGACGUGGCUUCCUCACUGAGCUCCAGACGCCAGUAACAGUCACUGUGACUGCAUGCAAGACCAGACAUGGCUCAAUCAGAACUCUCACAGGCCGAGCAGUUUGCUAAGCGCCAAUUUGACUUUGUCAUUGUCGGCGGCGGCACGGCUGGACUUGCCGUUGCUGCACGGUUGGCUGAGAAUGCCUCCCUCACAGUCGGCGUACUAGAGGCCGGCGAGAGAGCAGACGGCAAUGACCAAAUCAACAUCCCUGCCUUCUCGGGCCGCCCGCUCGGGGGUCCUCUUGACUGGCACUUCAAGACGGAACCGCAAGGUGCUCUUGCUGGUCGGGAAUUGGUCUGGAACCGGGGAAAGGUGCUCGGGGGGUCGAGUGCGCUGAACUACAUGGUGUGGAAUCGCGGGUGCAAGGAGGACUACGAUGCCUGGGAGGAGCUGGGCAAUCCCGGCUGGGGCUGGGAAUCUCUCCUGCCUUACUUCAAAAAGUCCGAAACCUUCCACCCGCCUCCCGCUAGCCACAGGGACAAGUACCAGUCCACUUACAACAGCCCAUCUCCUUUCCUUGGCGACAGCGGCCCCAUCCACGUCUCGUACACGGCCGACUACUCUCCGACGCACGCGUACUGGCACGCAACCUUGAACAGCCUUGGCAUCGAGACGAACCGGGGCCACCUCAACGGCUCCAACGUCGGCGUUUGGACAAAUAUCAGCGCCCUCAAUCCCGAGAGCGGCGGGCGGUCGUAUGCAGCCCACUACCUGGGGCCGCCGCCGCCUGCCAAUCUCCAUAUCUUGACCGGGGCACUAGCUCAGGAGGUAGUCCUUGAGCAGCAGCACCAGCAGCAGGGUGGUAAAAGUGAGUGGACUGCAACCGGAGUCAAGUUCUCUCACGGCGGGCAGACCUUCACCGUGUCAGCCAAACGCGAGGUCAUCCUCUCUGCCGGCGCCAUUCAGUCGCCACAGCUCCUGGAGCUCUCGGGGGUGGGAAGGGCCGAGGUGCUAGCUGCCGCGGGGAUUCCCGUCAAGGUGGACAGUCCAAAUGUUGGGGAGAAUCUCCGGGACCAUCCAAUGACCCCCCUUGUUUUCGAGGUUGAUCCCACCAUGGCACAAAUAGAGGACUUGCUCGACGAGUCUGUCCUCGCGGCAGCGCUGGAGCAGUAUCGACGGGAUCGGACAGGCCUCCUCACCAUUCUCCCCUCGGCCAUGUCUUACCUCCCCUUCUCGCAGUUCACUCCCCAAGCAGUCCUUAACGACAUGCAGGCCAAAUCAAAAGAGCUGCUAGCCCACUUCAGUAGCGACGAGAAACUCAUCAUCCUCUCGAGACAAUUCAGUCCGGAGACAAAACUCGGCCAGAUGGAGUACGUCUUUGAGUUGGGGAACUGGAAUCCGACCUUCCAGCCCGACCGGUCGGAUGGCAAGCGGUACUGCUCCAUGGUUGUGAUUCUGCAAUACCCCUUUUCAAAGGGUUCUGUCCACAUCCGGCGGCCUGACUCGGACGGCCCUGAGUCUGACGCCAAGCCGACCGCCUCCCUUCCACCCGUGAUCGAUCCGCAGUACUACGCAGGGCCACACGGGGAGCUGGACCUCGAAGCAAUGGUCCAUGGCGUGCGCUUCGGCCAGGAAAUCUGCCGUACCAAGCCCGUCGCUGACAUCAUUCGUGGCCCCGCGCAUCCGUCAAAACCAGUCACCAACGAGGAAGAAGUCCGCGCCUGGGUUGCGCAGAACACAAUCACCUGCUGGCAUCCCAUAGGGACAUGUGCUAUGGGCGGUUCUGGGGGCAAGGCGGCUGGCGUGGUGGAUUCCCGGCUGAGGGUGUAUGGGGUGGAAGGGCUGAGGGUGGUGGACGCCAGCGUCAUGCCGCUGCAUAUCAGUGCGCAUCCGCAGGCUACGGUGUACGCCAUUGCGGAGAAGGCGGCGGAUAUGAUUAGGGAGGAUAUGCUUGUUUCUUGAGUUGAGGAGUGCAACUUGUGCACACUGCAAGGCAGUGACUUGGGUUUCAAUGUUUACCUACUUCAGGAGUAGUACCCCUGAUUACUAGUGCUGUAGCGAAUUGACACUGGAAUGCCG